AUGGACUUGAUCUGGAGUCACAAUGGCUUUCCAAGCGCUUCACAUUUCCUCGUCGCUGUAUUUUUCGCCUUCGGUUUCGUUGCCGCUAGGGUCUUGCUUGACAGAUUCAUCUUUCGUGUAAGUUGCCUUACAGUGGAGAUCCAUUUCUUGCCUGAAGAAUCAGGCAGCCACUCUGACGAGCGGAAUCUAACUUGUGCAUUGGAGGAAUUUAGGAGAAGCUGA